UUCAAUCUGACGAAGUAAAGUUAUUGGUGAUUGAUAACUUAAUAAUAAUUCCAUCGAGAGAUGUCUACAUUAUGAUAAAUACUGCUGUCAAAUACACAGUCAAAAGAUUUCGACAAAACUCUAUGAUAGAUGUCGAAAUGCCGUCAACACAAUUUGAGUUUGUUCUCAGCAAUACAACUGUUGCAGUUCUUCAUGAACCAUCAUCUAAUGUUAUUUGUCGUGUUCUUGGUUAUACACAAGUUACCCUCGUUGAUAAAAACAUGAAAGAUCAAAUAUCUACAAGACAACCAACAGCUUAUAUUUAUGUUGAUGAACCUCAUCUAGGAUUUUCUAUCACUUCUGGCGAUGUUUGGAUCUUAGAAAGUAAACGUGAAUAUUUUGUCACAGUGAACGUCUUUGACAAACUUAAUCAUAAACUUUAUGUUGGUGGUAACAUUCAAAUCACAACUUAAUUUCCAAAAUCGCAUUUCGAUGUUUCUUAUUCAUCUGAUAAUGGAUCGUAUCAUGAGACGAAGACGUUGACCAGUGGGAAAAUAGUGCUGCGUGCUGUACUAUCUAAGAUUACGUCAAUUAUCACUGGAGAAACUGCGGUCCUCGAUACUCCCGUACGUGGUAAACAUGAUGUUAUUAUUUAUAAUCCUGUCACCGUGACACCUGCUGUUUUGGCAUUUCCAUGGAUAC